UUCAUCAAAGACAUGAUCUGCUACAUGAACGAUAACCAGAUUAACAACGGCCAGGUGAACGACAAUCAGAUGAGCGACAACCAUAUAAGCGAUAACCAGAUGAGCGAUAACCUGAUGAACGACGACCAAACGACCAUGAAUAAUGCGGCCAACGAAAUUAAUUUACCUAAUAAAAAUAUAUACGGUAUGUUCGACUCUUACAAGUUCAUAUGCGGUUGUUUUUCGGUACCAGGCACGGAUAACCAUCAAUUCAUCUUAAAGCUGAAGGAAAUAAUGUUCACGGAUGACUACGGUUGUCUCAUUUUUCAUCCGCUUUAGUUAGAAGACUAUGAUCGCUGCAAC